AUGAAGAAAGCUUUUGAUCAAACUGUUAGGGACCUCAAGAGAGAGGUUAACAAAAAGGUUUUGAAGGUUCCUGGGAUAGAACAGAAGCCAGCACCAAAUUUGAAAUAUUCUAUUCUUGAUGCUACAAGCAAUGAGCCUUGGGGUCCUCAUGGAUCACUUCUAGCAGAUAUUGCACAGGCAUCUAGAAACCACUAUGAAUGCCAGAUGAUCAUGAAUGUGAUCUGGAAAAGGAUCAAUGAUACUGGAAAAAAUUGGCGUCAUGUAUAUAAGGGGUUGAUUGUUUUGGAAUACCUUGUGGCACAUGGAUCUGAACGUGUCAUCGAUGACAUUAAAGAGCACUCGUACCAGAUAUCGCAAUCUGUACUGCUCAAAUUGUUUUUUCUUAUCAAAGUUGAAAGUACAAUGACUUGA